UUCACAUCCAUCCCCACAAUCUCCCUCCUCCCCCUCUUUUCCCCAUCCUCUACAUCCCCCUCCCAUCUCCAAUCCCUCGCAGCAGAAAUCCACUCAGCAUGCACCACAACGGGAUUCUUCUACGCAACCGACCACGGAAUCCCUCUCGCAAGCCAAUUUGAGAUUUUCGCAGUCAUGGAGAAGUUUUUUCGACAAGUCGGGGAAAAAGAAAAAAUGCAGGAGGCGCAUUUACAUGCGAAUCCCGCGAUGAGGGGGUAUGAACCUUUGGGGGAGACGGGGAGGGGGAGGAAGGGGGAUCUCAAAGAAGCCUUCACAAUCGGAGACUGCGUACACGAUUCCGAACAAGUAUCUUUUUAUCAGUCCCUUUACCCUCAUUCUUCCCCUCUCCCUUCUAUCCCCCGCAGCCAAAAUAUUUGGCCCAAACCUUCCUCUGCGCCUGGUUUUCGCGAAGGCAUGUAUGCGUAUUACCGCGAAAUUUUCCCCGUGGCGAUGAAACUUGUGGAGAUUUUUGGGGUGGCGUUGGGGGUUGAUAGUCAUGAUGAUGAGAAUAAGAAUGGUGGUGGUGAUGGGGGGUUAGAAAAAGAUUUUCAAUGGCCGAUUUGGGGAAUGAGA